AUGUCAUCUACGUUAGAUACAGCAUUAAGUGUUGGCAAUAUAAUUGGUAUAGUUAUUGGUAUAAUAGCAGCUAUUGCAACAGUUAUUUUUUUAAUUAUAAUGAUAUAUUAUUGUUGUAAAAAUAAAAAUCGAAAUGAUGUAUGGGCAGAAUCAUCACCACCACCACCUUAUAAUUAUUAUAAUCGAUCUUAUCAACAACCAAUUAAUACAACCUAUUACAAUUAA